AUGCUGAUGCUCCAGCAGCGGUCCCCAAUUCAGCUGCAGCAACUGCGGAGGACGGAAUCUCUCCGUGCCAGCUCCAGAACCAGCGCCAGAGCAGGAAUCAUCACCAGAACCAGCGCCCAAGCCAUCCCCAGCACCAGUAUCAGUGCAGGAAUAAUCAUCAGAACCAGCGCCCAAGCCAUCACCAGCAGCAGUACCAGUGCCAGCACAGGAAUCAUCACCAGAACCAGCGCCCAAGCUAUCACCAGUGCCAGCUCAGGAAUCAUCACCAGAACCAGCACCCAAGCUAUCACCAGUACCAGUGCCAGCACAGGAAUCAUCACCAGAACCAGCGCCCAAGCUAUCACCAGUACCAGUGCCAGAGCAGGAAUCAUCACCAGAACCAGGGCCCAAGCUAUCACCAGUACCAGUGCCAGCACAGGAAUCAUCACCAGAACCAGCGCCCAAGCUAUCACCACCACCACCAGCAGCAGUACCAGUGCCAGCGCAGGGAUCAUCACCAGAACCAGUGCCCAAGCUAUCACCAGUACCAGUGCCAGCGCAGGAAUCAUCACCAGAACCAGCACCCAAGCUAUCACCAGUACCAGUGCCAGAGCAGGAAUCAUCACCAGAAUCAGCGCCCAAGCUAUCACCAGUACCAGUGCCAGCACAGGAAUCAUCACCAGAACCAGCGCCCAAGCCAUUCCCAGCACCAGUAUCAGUGCAGGAAUCAUCACCAGAACCAGUGCCCAAGCCAUCCCCAGCACCAGUACCCAGUGCAGAAAUCAUCACCAGAACCAGUGCCGAAGCUAUCACCAGUACCAGUGCCAGCGCAAGAAUCAUCAGCAGAACCAGCGCCCAAGCCAUUCCCAGCAGCAGUACCAGUGCCAGCGCAGGAAUCAUCACCAGAACCAGUGCCCAAGCCAUUCCCAGCAGCAGUACCAGUACAGGGAUCAUCACCAGAACCAGUGCCCAAGCCAUCCCCAGCACCAGUACCGGUGCCAGUGCAGGAAUCAUCAUCCAGAACCAGUGCCCAAACAUCACCAGCACCAGUGCCAGUGCCAGCGCAGGAACCCAGCUCCAGAACCAUCCCCAGAUGCCAGCGCCGGAACCAGCGCCCAAGUCGUCAAUCAUCACCACCCCAGUAGCAGCCCCCAGUGCCAGCGAAAAGAAGCCAGGAAGGGGAGCUCGCGCCUUGACAAAGUUGGGGGGAGAGUGGAUCCUCGGAGUGUCCCCCCCAACCUAAUUCCACCCCCCUCUCACCCACUCCAGAGUCUGGAUUCCCUCCCCUCCCAAUCCCCCCAGGACUCCUUCCUCCCUGCCCCAUCUGGCAUCCCUCCCCCCAGCCCCAAUUCCCAUCCCUCUCUCCUGUUUUCCUGCCCCCCUCCCCACCCAUGGAACCCUGUCCCAGGCCGGACGUCCAACAGCAUGGCCAAUAGCAACCGCACGGCCCCCGGCCUGGAGCGCGACGAGGAGCUGGCCAAAGUGGAGAUUGGGGUGCUGGCCAUCCUGGCGGUGGCCACAGUGGGCAAUGCCGGCCGUCGUCUGGCCCUGGGCCGGCCGGGCCUCAAGCGGUCACGCAUGCACGUGUUCGUCUUGCACCUGGCGCGGUUGACCGACCUGGGGGUGGCUCUGUUCCAGGUGCCGCAGCUGGCCUGGGAUGUCACCUUCCGCUUCCAGGGCCCGGACCUGCUAUGCAGGGUGGUCAAGUACCUGCAGGUGCUCAGCAUGUUCGCUUCCACUUACAUGCUCCUCGUCAUGACCUUGGACCGCUACCUGGCCGUCUGCCGCCCUCUGAGGACCCUCCGGCAGCCCGGCCGCUCGGCCUACCCACUGAUCGCCGCCACCUGGUUACUGGCCGCCGGGCUGAGCCUGCCCCAGCUCUUCAUCUUCCCCCUGCGGGAGGUCAGCCAGGACUCCGGUGUCCUGGACUGCUGGGCCCACUUCCGCGUGCCGUGGGGACCCCGGGCCUAUGUCACCUGGACCACCCUGGCCAUCUUCACCAUCCUGCCCGUGGUCAUCUUGACCGCCUGCUAUGGCCUCAUCUGCCACGAGAUCUGCAAGAACCUCAGGGGCAAGAGCAGGAUCUGGGGUCCCAGGGCCACUACCGCUGGCGGUGAGCCAAGCAGGCCCACGGCCAGGGUGAGCAGCGUCAGGGCCAUCUCCAGGGCCAAGAUCCGCACCGUCAAGAUGACCUUCGUCAUCGUGCUGGCCUACAUGGCCUGCUGGGCGCCCUUCUUCAGCGUCCAGAUGUGGUCCGUGUGGGAUGAGAACAUCCGCACCGAAGACUCAUCAGAUGUGGCUUUCACCAUCACCAUGCUGCUGGGGAACCUGAGCAGCUGCUGCAAUCCCUGGAUCUACAUGAGCUUCAGCAACCAUCUGCUACCAGAGUCACUGCGCUGCUUCUCCUGCUUGGGGGGCCUCCGCCACCCCAUGAAGAGGCAGCUCUCCAACGGGAGCCUCUCCAGCCGCCGGACCACCCUGCUGAUCCGCAGCCGGGCCUCCACCCUCUGUCCCAGUGGGGGUCCCCUGCCCGAGGGGACCCUCAAAGAUUUUUGCCCUCCACAUGAAUACACUGUCACUGAGACUGGGGUCCUGUAGGGAAGGCUUGGGCAGGGGCUGGACAACACUCACAGGGACGGAAAACUGGGGAGGGGGAGAGGGCAUGAGUCCCACAGCCCAGGUCCUUGAGGGAUGGUGGUGAUGGGGCCACUUGAGAUUCCUCUCAGGAUAGAGAAGCAGUGUGGCCUAAUGGAUAGUCUGUCAGUUGGUCACUUAGUUGUACCUAUUGAGCGCUAUG